AAAGUCACUCAGUUUUGAGAAAAUAUAAAAAACACCUAAAACUUGCUCUUACUUUGAUUUUUCCCCCACAAAAUGGAAGAACCACGCAUCCAUAUGGACUUGGAGAGUCGUGUUGUUGUAUUCACUCAACCAAAGGACGAGAAAGUCACAAAACAAGAAGACCAAAUAAGCAUUUCUAAUAUAGAAAAGGGAAAAGCAACAACUGAAGAAUUGAACAACGAUUCUACUGCCAUUAAUGAAAGUACUUUGUUCUUUUCUUUGUUUCAAAACCAAAAUGCGGCUGAUUAAUUACCGAAUCCGGUUUUCAAAUAGUUGAAUUUUUUGUAGUUGAGAAUUCCUAGCAUCAAUAAACUUUGUCAAACAUGUCAGUCACCACAUGCCAAUAGCAUUUACAACUAGUUUAGAACUACUUCAGAUAUUGAAAACAGAAAAAUAAAAAUAAAUAAUUAUACAAAAUGAAGAAAGUAAAUAUUUUUAAGGUUUUAAGAAGUCGUACUGUAUUUGAAUCAGGGUCAAUGCAGAACAAGGUUUCUAGCGGAACUGCCUCUGGGAAAAGCACUGCCGAGAAGGUCGACCUGGACGCAAUGGAAAAGAGUAACACACAGCAGAUAGAUACCAAGAAGAAGAAAAAAGACUUGGAGAACGAUAUGACCAAGGGAUGUAAUGCUAAAAAAAAUAAUACUGCGAAAUACGACUCUAUACAGAAUGUUCUCAUGGAACUUAAUUCUAAGACAAGCGAUGCAAAGAAAAAGGAACCCAAGAAAGUCAAUCAUAAAAAAAUCGAUGCUAAGAAAAACGAUCUCAAAAAAACAGAUACUGAAGAAGACCUCAGCAAGGAAAGUGAAAUUGAUCCGAUAGAGCACUUUUAUAUGACAGACAACCAAAGCGUCUGUAACAUUGCAAAGAAAACUCCCAAGAAAAAGGAUUCUAAGAAGCUCGAGACAAAGAACAACUCCGAGAUGAACAACUCCGAGAUGAACAACUCCGAGAUGAACAACUCCGAGAUGAACAACUCAAAGAUGAACAACUCAAAGAUGAACAACUCAAUAAUGAACAACUCCAAGUUAAACGAUGCUCCUAAAAAGAACGCAAUAAAGAAAAGUGAAUCUAAGAAAAAUAUACAAAAGGAAUACGAUUCAAAAGAGAAUGAGCCCGAAAAAUUAAACUCUAAGCAGAAUGAUCCCAAACAAAAGGGUUCUAGGAUAAACGAUGCUAAAAACGAUCUCAAAAAAACAGAUACUGAAGAAGACCUCAGCAAGGAAAGUGAAAUUGAUCCGAUAGAACACUUUUAUAUGACAGACAACCAAAGCUUCUGUAACAUUGCAAAGAAAACUCCCAAGAAAAAGAAUUCUAAGAAGGUCGAGACAAAGAACAACUCCGAGAUGAACGACGCACCUAAAAAGAACGCAAUAAAGAAAAGUGAAUCUAAGAAAAAUAUACAAAAAGAAUACGAUUCAAAAGAGAAUGAGCCCGAAAAAUUAAACUCUAAGCGGAAUGAUCCCAAAGAAAAGGGUUCUAAGAUAAACGAUGCUAAAAACAAUCUAAAGGAGCUGAAAACCAAAAUUAAGGACACCAAAAAGAAGGAUGUCGUUAGUGAUCCUAAGCAAAGCAAUCCCAAAGAGAUCCUAUCUGAGAAAAAUAAAACUAAGAACAGUCCCAACAAGAAAACCACCAAAGAGAUGGAUCUCAAAAUAAAGGUUACCAAGAAGAACGAAAAGAAAGGGGAAGCUGAAAAGGACAUUCAAAAUGAAAAUGAUGCCAAGCAAAUUAAGAAAAAACAAAGCAGAAAAUCUUCUGCUUAAUGCAAACCACGUCAAAUGAUGAUUCAAAUAACGAUUCUGAUGAACAUUGAGAAGAUUCCCACAGAUUAACUUAUACCCCUAAAUAUUAUUUGCAUUGUGUUUCGUUAAGUUCAUCUUACAAAAUUUAUAACUCAACUUUAUAAAUUUUGUAUUGUAUUUUGAACUUCUGUUUUAUUGAUUAAAUUUAUUGCAAAAUGUUAAA